AAUGUGGUCAACAGUGUCAGCAUUUCAGAGGACAUCAAACCCUUACCAGGGCUUCCUGGCAUUGGAAACAUGAACUACCCAUCCACUAGCCCUGGCUCUCUGGUUAAACACAUCUGUGCCAUCUGUGGGGACAGAUCCUCAGGAAAGCACUACGGUGUGUACAGUUGUGAAGGCUGCAAAGGGUUCUUCAAGAGAACCAUAAGGAAAGACCUCAUCUACACGUGUCGGGAUAAUAAAGACUGCCUCAUUGACAAGCGUCAGCGCAACCGCUGCCAGUACUGUCGCUAUCAGAAGUGCCUGGUCAUGGGCAUGAAGAGGGAAGCUGUGCAAGAAGAAAGGCAGAGAAGCCGGGAGAGGGCUGAGAGUGAGGCAGAAUGUGCCAGUAGUGGCCAUGAAGAUAUGCCCGUGGAGAGGAUUCUGGAGGCUGAACUUGCUGUUGAACCAAAGACAGAAUCCUACGGUGACAUGAACAUGGAGAAUUCGACAAAUGACCCUGUCACCAACAUAUGCCAUGCUGCUGACAAGCAGCUCUUUACUCUCGUUGAAUGGGCCAAGCGUAUUCCCCACUUCUCUGACCUCACCUUGGAGGACCAGGUCAUUCUGCUCCGGGCAGGGUGGAAUGAAUUGCUGAUCGCCUCCUUUUCCCACCGCUCGGUUUCUGUGCAGGAUGGCAUCCUUCUGGCCACGGGUUUACACGUCCACCGGAGCAGUGCCCACAGUGCUGGGGUUGGCUCCAUCUUUGACAGAGUUCUGACUGAGCUGGUCUCCAAAAUGAAAGACAUGCAGAUGGAUAAGUCGGAGCUGGGGUGCCUACGAGCCAUCGUGCUAUUUAACCCAGAUGCCAAGGGUCUGUCCAACCCCUCUGAGGUGGAGACUCUGCGAGAGAAGGUUUAUGCCACCCUCGAGGCCUACACCAAGCAGAAGUACCCAGAACAACCAGGCAGGUUUGCCAAGCUGCUGCUGCGUCUCCCAGCCUUGCGCUCCAUCGGCUUGAAAUGCCUGGAGCACCUCUUCUUCUUCAAGCUCAUCGGGGACACACCCAUUGACACCUUCCUAAUGGAGAUGUUGGAGACCCCACUGCAGAUCACCUGAGCCUCACCAGCCACAGCCUCCUACACAGGACUAGUCAGGGCAGGUGUGUGUGGACCACCCCCCUGCACACGUUCCUCCACCUCCCACCCCCAACCCUUCCUGUUCCCCAAACGUGAUGCUUAUAAUAAAGAAACCUUUCUACACAUGCGACUUUUAUAGGUGGAGUUUUGUAUAGAUGUUAACGGUAACCCUUCUUUGCUAUCUAAGGGGAUGGGGAUCUUUCUGGAAGUUCAUGGGAAAACUAACCAAGCCUCUGUACAUAUAAUUAGUUUAAAUUAUUUUUUCACUUGCAUUGGAAAGCCAAUGACCAAAUAAUAAAGUAAUAUAUGUGAUAUUGGCA